CCAUUUCAAUUUUACAUUAUACAGUUACAUUACACCAUUUAACCAUUUUUCCCGCACACUUCUCUCUUCUGUCACUAAGGUUGAGAUAGAGAGUGAAACACAACCAAACCACACUCUCAAAGAGCCUUAUACCCAACGCAACACAACGCCGUCGUUUUACAGAUCCAACAUCGUCGUCUUCGAUAACAAGUUAGUUGAGAAAAUCCCCAAAACAAAGAGCUGGAGUCUCUACAAGAUCCCAAGCAAUUGAAGGCUCCACCUGCCGCCGCAUCUAACGGUCAGAUCCGUUACCGAUCGCCGUCGUGCACCGAGCUUUACGACGGUCAGUCCAGUAAUAACUCUCCACCGUCACACGUCGCCGAUCAGCAUCACUUGGAGUUCGAAUCCACCAAAAUGCUGAAGCGUCCUAGCCGUCAGGAGUCACUCUCCGAUAAGAUCUACAGAUUCCGAGGGACUCUGCUUGUUGUCUCGAUCCCUCUCCUUCUCAUCACGUUUGUUCUUUACAUGAUGCCUUCGAGCUCGAAUUACGAGUCUGCCGGAGAAUACGCUCUCGUUAAUCGGAAAGUUUCGCCUGAUAAAAAAUCCAGUGGCUCAUAUGCCGUCAUUUUCGACGCCGGUAGCUCUGGCAGCCGCGUUCAUGUUUUCCAUUUCAAUCAUAAUCUAGAUCUCGUUCAUAUUGGCAAAGAUCUCGAACUUUUCGAGCAGCUUAAACCAGGUUUGAGUGCGUAUGCUAAGAAUCCUAAGGAAGCAGCGGAAUCUCUGAUUUCGCUCUUAGACAAAGCUGAGAGUGUUGUUCCUCGGGAAUUGAGAUCGAAGACACCAGUUCGAGUUGGGGCAACUGCAGGUUUGAGGUCUUUGGAAGGGGAUGCAUCUGAUAAGAUAUUGCAAGCGGUAAGGGAUUUGCUUAAGCACAGAAGCACGUUGAAAUCUGAUGCUGAUGCGGUUACAGUGCUGGAUGGAAACCAAGAAGGUGCUUUUCAAUGGGUCACCAUUAACUAUCUAUUGGGAAACUUGGGAAAAGAUUAUUCCAAGACUGUUGGGGUAGUUGAUCUUGGAGGUGGAUCUGUUCAAAUGGCAUAUGCCAUCUCUGAGUCUGAUGCUGCCACGGCUCCAAAAGUAAAGGAUGGAGAUGAUCCAUAUGUCAAGGAGAUGUUCCUGAGGGGAAAAAAAUAUUACCUCUAUGUUCACAGUUACUUGCGCUAUGGUUUACUAGCUGCUCGUGCAGAGAUUUUAAAGGCUUCCGGUGAUGCUGAAAACCCGUGUAUCUUAUCUGGCUAUGAUGGAUCUUACAACUACGGAGGAAAGAAAUUUAAGGCAUCAUCCUCUGGAGCAAGCUUAAAUGAAUGCAAAAGCACAGCUCUCAAGGCUCUCAAAGUCAACGAGUCAUCGUGUACACAUAUGAAGUGCACUUUUGGUGGGAUAUGGAAUGGUGGAGGUGGGGAUGGACAGAAAAACCUCUUUGUUGCCUCAUUUUUCUUUGACCGGGCUGCUGAGGCUGGUUUUGCUGAUCCAAACAAACCAGUUGCAAUAGUUCAUCCUAUGGAUUUUGAGGAAGCUGCCAAGCAGGCUUGUCAAACGAAAUUCAAGAAUGCCAAAUCCACUUAUCCACGAGUUGAAGAGGGGAACCUUCCAUAUCUUUGCAUGGAUCUUGUUUACCAGUAUACCUUGCUUGUUGAUGGGUUUGGCAUAUACCCAUGGCAAGAGAUUACAUUGGUAAAGAAAGUUAAAUACGAAGAUGCCCUUGUUGAGGCAGCUUGGCCGCUAGGAAGCGCCAUUGAAGCUGUAUCAGCUACAUAACAGCAUCAGAAUAAUGAGUUUGAUUACUCAUCCGAAACCUUGCGGUAUGGAUUUUGUGGUGAAACACUGCCUGUUGUUAUUCAUGACGAUCAGAGAUUAUUUCAGGCAAAAUUGGAAUUGGAUAUAGGUCUACUUUUCUGGAAUAAUGGGAGAUUGCAGCUUCAUUAUUUUUCAUACAUAAUUAAUUCACAACAUAUCUGAUUUACAGCUCCGGCAGAUUCAUUCGAUUCAUUAAGUGCAUUUAUAUAUUGUCUUGAGAGAUGAACAAAAUGGUGAUGCUUACACCAUUUCAUUUUUGUUUAAAUGGUUUCAUUCCUGAUUAUAGUUAGUCCUUUAUUUCUUCUCUUGUUAGCAACACCUAUUUGAUUGGCAUGCGUGGGACUAAUCAUUUUAGUUACCUUUUCCUUGUGAA